GAAAAUAAUAUAAGCCGGUGGCAUUUUCUUUUCUUCAGAGUUUGGAUUCAGUCAUCAACGCGUAUUUAAUUAUGUGUUUUUAAAAACCACAUGUUGCCGGCACAUAAUCGUCCUUUUCCAAAACAGAGAACAAUUAUCAAACACAAACUAAAAUUUAAGCUAUAGUAUCUGCUAAAUAUAGUGUGUAAGAAAUUAUUCCUAAUUUCCUUCUUAUAUACGAUCAAAUUCAGCAACCUAAUCAGCAUAUUUUCAUUAACUUAUAACAAAAAAUAAUCCAAUUAACAUGGCUGAUUACCAAGGUUACUUCUUACUUUUCAUCAUAUGGCUAAUAUCCACAAUUUUGGUACGAACCAUACUUAAAAGAAAACAGAACAAAUCUAAUUUACCUCCAACUCCAUUAUCCUUACCCAUCAUUGGACACCUUCACCUUCUUGGUCCAAUCCCUCACCAAGCAUUUCACAAACUCUCCACACGCUAUGGACCAAUAAUGCAUCUUUUCCUUGGUUCUGUCCCUUGUGUCAUAGCUUCCACACCAGAAACAGCAAAAGAGUUUCUUAAAACUCAAGAAACCUAUUUUUCAAACCGUCCUCAAAGUUCAUCUGUUGAUUAUUUAACAUAUGGCUCACAAGACUUUUCCUUUGCCCCUUAUGGACCUUAUUGGAAAUUCAUGAAGAAAAUAUGCAUGUCUCAACUUCUUGGUGGUCACACACUCACUCAACUUCUUCCUUUGAGGAGACAAGAGACAACAAGGUUUGUUAAACUUUUGAUCAAAAAGGGGGAGGAGAAUGAGGCCGUUGAUGUCGGUGGAGUGCUUAUGACGCUGUCGAAUAACGUUGUUUCGAGGAUGAUUAUGAGUCGGAGUUUUUGUGAAAGUGAUGGUGAGGCUGAUGCGGUGAGGAAGUUGGUGCAAGACACUGCACAUUUAACUGGGAAGUUUAAUGUUUCGGAUUUUAUUUGGUUUUUUAAGAACUGGGAUGUGCAGGGGUUUGGCAAAAGAUUAAAGGAAAUUAGGGAUAGAUUUGACUCUAUGAUGGAGAGGAUGAUUAAGGAGCAUCAAGAGGAAAGGAGGAGAAGAAAAGAAGUUGGUGGAGGAGAUGGUCAAAUCAAGGAUCUACUUGAUAUAUUAUUGGAUAUACUUGAAGAUGAGAGCUCCGAAAUCAAUUUGACAAUGGAGAACAUAAAAGCCUUUAUCUUGGACAUAUUUAUGGCUGGAACAGACACAUCAGCCCUAACCAUUGAGUGGGCUUUGUCAGAGUUGAUUAACAACCCACUUGUGAUGGAUAAAGCAAGACAAGAGAUUAAUGAUGUAGUUGGAAACAAUAGAAUAGUAGAAGAAUCAGAUCUUAUCAACCUUCCUUACCUACAAGCAUUAGUCAAAGAAACACUAAGGAUUCACCCUACAGGCCCAUUAAUUGUUAGAGAAUCAUCUGAAAAUUGUUCCAUCUUGGGCUAUGAGAUUCAAGCAAAGACACAAUUGUUUGUUAAUGUUUGGGCUAUUGGAAGGGAUCCAAAUCAUUGGGCCAACCCACUUGAGUUUAGGCCCGAGAGGUUUAUUAGUGAAGUGGGGAAUUUAGAUGUUAGGGGACAACAUUUUCACUUGUUACCAUUUGGAAGCGGAAGAAGAGGGUGCCCUGGAACUUCACUGGCUUUGCAAGUUGUGCAAACAAACCUUGCUGUUAUGAUUCAAUGUUUUGAAUGGAAGAUUAAAGGAGGUAGUGUGAUUGUUGAUAUGGAAGAGAAACCUGGGUUAACUCUUUCAAGGGCUCAUCCUUUAAUUUGUGUCCCUGUGCUUAGGUUUGAUCCUUUUCCUUCCAUGUGAUUUUGAUCAUUGAUCAAGCUUUGGGGUGGAAAAAAAACUAGAUUAAAAAUUUGCAUUUUGGGUCCUCUUGUUUAUGUGAUAUUUAUAAUUGUCAAUUUAUUUGUGGUAUUCAUACUUUGUGUUGCAAAUAAUAUAACUCUCGAUUUGACAAA